UUUUAGCCUACUGCCAGGGCAGCGCACAAGUUUUCUGAAAACCACGAUCUUUCGUUAACAACUGGACAUUGACCUGGAAACAGCCAACUUUCAACUCCUCCUCCUCCUUUGUCCUAAUUCGUCAAUUACAUCUCUCUCUCUCUCUCUCUCUCUCACAAAGAGAAAUGGCGAGAGCACCUGGCGAUUCGCAGAGCAACAGGGCGGCCGUUCAAGCAACCAACGACGACGCUUCCGCCAGCAAGCUGUCAUGCGUGAAGAAGGGAUACAUGAAAGAUAACUACGUCCAUUUGUUUGUGAGAAAACCCGUGAGAAGAGCUCCAAUAAUCAACCGCGGUUAUUUUGCUCGUUGGGCUGCUUUCCGCCAGCUUCUUCAUCAGUUUCUAGGUUGUGAAAAGGAUAAUGACGAAAGAGGCCCCACAAAGAAGCAAAUAUUGUCACUGGGAGCUGGUUUUGAUACAACCUUUUUUCAGUUGCAGGAAGAAGGGAAAGCACCGCAUUUAUACGUGGAACUGGAUUUUAAGGAGGUUACCAGUAAGAAGGCUGCUCUCAUUGAAACAUGCGGACAGUUAAGGGACAAAGUUGGUGAAACAGCAUCAAUCUCUCAAGAGAGAGGAGAAGUUCUUGGUGAUCAUUACAAACUGCUCCCUGUAGAUUUGCGUGAUAUACAAAGAUUAGAUGAGAUCAUGAGUUUGGCUAACAUGGAUACAAGUCUGCCAACAUUUAUAAUCGCAGAAUGCGUUUUGAUAUACUUGGAUCCAGAUUCAAGCCGUGCUAUAGUUGGUUGGGCUUCCAAAACAUUUCCCACAGCUAUCUUUUUCUUAUAUGAGCAGAUUCAUCCAGAUGAUGCUUUUGGUCAGCAAAUGAUAAGAAAUUUGGAGAGUCGAGGCUGUGCACUCUUGGGCAUUCAUGCUACACCAACUUUAUUUGCCAAGGAAAAACUAUUCCUUGACCAGGGAUGGCAGAGGGCGGUUGCCUGGGACAUGUUGAGAGUUUAUAGUCAAUUCAUUGAUGUUCAAGAAAAACGCAGGAUUGAACGUUUGGAGUUGUUCGAUGAAUUUGAAGAGUGGCACAUGAUGCAGGAGCACUAUUGUGUGGUUUGUGCUGUAAACGCCACCAUGGGCUUGUUUGAGGAUUUUGGUUUCUCUACCACCACCUCACUCUUACUCUUCUAUUCAUUUUCAGGGCUUGUUUAAGGAUUUUGGUUUCUCUACCACCACCUCACUCUUACUCUUCUAUUCAUUUUCAGGGCUUGUUUAAGGAUUUUGGUUUCCCUACCAACCAGCCCGAGACCACCAGCCACUAGGCGGCAGCUUGAGCUCCUACCAUUUCCUCAAUUCUUUCACCAAGUCAGCAGGUUGAAUUUAUAUUGCUGGAAGCACGUGAAUGACAUGUGCACAAAACAAAACAGGGAGCCAGGUACAGAAGGGUAUCUUCACUAGUAGUUAUUAGUGCUAGCUAAGUUUCCAAAAGAAUGAUGUAUCUGUGUGGAUGUAUCUGUAUGUUGUUUGACUAGAAGGUUGAGUCAUUUGCCUUUUGCUAGCUGUUUUGCAAAGAAAACGUGGUAGGACCUCCAUAUCACAAAGCUGUGUCGUCCUUUGGGUUUGUGGGGUCCAAUUCUUUCUAAGAUUAGAAAAAAAAAAAUUUAAAAA